AUGGAUAAAAGCAAAUCCUCCACAGCUAGCAGCGCAACUUGUGCCGAAUACAGUGCAAAUGUGUUUUCAGUAGUAUCAAAACAAGCCAUUAAUAGCGCCACUGUUGAAACUUCCUCUGAAGAUUUUCGAGCACGACCAAGAAGAAUCGUGCAAAAUUUCCUUUUAGUAUGGCUCGAUGCUAAUAUUGCUGAAGGAAUGGAAGAUUCUCAAAAGUCGCUGGCAGAGCUUCGAAAAAUUUUCGUGACAGUACAACCUUUUACUGGCGUUGAUCAAUGUGUUGAGGGUGUGGGUGUGGGUGUUGUUAGCGCGCAUGCUGCAAUAACAGAUGAACCAACCAGUACAAUUAUUCAUUCGGCCUUACGUGCCUAUCCACUCGGUGCUGCUGGUCAACUUCCAAAAAAUGAAUCACUUAUGCUAAUGAUUCAACGACAACGUACUACUGAAACGGUUGGUGCUGAUUGGUCGUUUACCAGAAAAAUUGAGAAAAAAUAUCGUGGCGAAGGCUUCAUCUUGCACCAAGACAAAAAACUAAUUAUAUUUACAAAGAAAACUAAUUUAUCUAUUCUGAAGCAAAACAAACAUUGGUGCACUGACGGAACGUUCAAAAUGUGUCCCGACGAUUAUUACCAACUCUUCAUACUACAUGCGAUGAUGAUCGAUGCAAUUAUUCCUCUCGUCUAUGGAUUAUUAAUUGGUAACAGCGCUGAAGAUUAUAAUUUAUUCUUCGAAAAAGUGUUAAAACAAGACAACUUUCAACCUGAAUCAAAUAUGACUGAUUUCGAAACUGGCACAAUCCAGUCAGUCAAAGAUUUGUUGUCAACUAUUCUACACAAAGGAUGUCUCUUUCAUUUUUCACAAGCGGUAUGGCGACAAGUUCAACGCAAAGGAUUAACAACCAAAUAUAACGAGGAUGAGGUUUUUCGUUUAAAUGUAAAACAAUUAAUUGCUCUCGCUUUUGUUUCACUAGAUUAA